CUUGUCAUGGAACCCAGUUACAGGGCUUUGGUAAUUCAGCCCUGUAACUGGGAGUCAUAACAUAAACAAUCCCAGGAGCACCUGGCAGAAGAAGAUAGAAUAUGCCUGGGAACUUGGGGCCGAAAGUAUAAACAAUUAUAAUUGGUUUAGUGUGUGAAAAUGGUAGUAAUGUGAUAUUGGGGGUGGGACUUGAUGAUGAUAUUUACGUGUGGUGUUACGUAGCAUCAAAAGUUAUAAAAAUAGUUGUAUGUAAACAUUGGGUCAUUCCUGACUUUUCCAAAGUCAUGUGUUCUUCAAUAAAGAUUGGAUUUGAGAGCAGCCAUCUCUGAUCUGCGUUCAGACUGAUCCUUUGAAGUGAGCAGGACAAUUAAGUCAGGAAUCCAGUUCUCACCCUCCUGCAAAUUUGCAGUGAAGUGAUAAUGAGCAGGGAAGGAGAUCAAAGCCAUGACGGAGCAAAGGGGCCUCCGCUGGGAGCUCUGCCGUUGGCAGAAGAGACAUUGCAAGCCAUAGCUUCCUCUACGGGGUACCCCAAGCCGGACGGCGUGACCCAGAGGAUUCCCAGAGGGGGAAGAGGCGUUCCGGCGGCGGCAGAAACCAGUUGGGGAUCUGGAGGAAGCAUGCCGGAGACCGUGGCCCUGCGGUUAUCCAUCCUGGAAACUCAUUUAUCCAGGCUGUCGGAUACCGUGGGGAGAAUAGUGCCAAUAUUGGAAGAGAAUCUCCAAAAAGAGCACAUCCGAUAUGGCGCCGAGAGAGAGCCAAGCAAAGGAGGCGAUUGGAGCCAGAGGGGACAGCGAGCUUCAACGCAGAGUCCCGCGGCGGCAAGGGACGAGGGAGACGAGGAAUAUUGGCAGGAGCUGGAGUUCAGAGACAGAAUGGCACGCGAAGUGGAGCGCCAGCGAGCUCUGGGAACUCUGAGGCCGCCAUCUCCAACAGAGCUCCCAACCCCCCGGAUGGGCGUCGGGGUGGAAAGACCACUGGGGCCAGGGAUCGGGUCCAGUGGAUUAGCAGACGAAGGCGGAGAGGAGCAGGAGAUCCAGGAAGAGGAGGAGGAUGUGCAGUACGACGGGGAAAGGCGAGAUGCGGGGGCUACAGCGAGGCCAGUAUGCGGAUGGGGGGAAGGGCCGACAGCGGCGGCAGGAUUUCGGGAGCCGCGCAGAAUGACCACCGGAGUGGGGCGCGGCGUGAUCCAAGGAAACCCGAUGCAACCCUUCCCCAUGCCUCCCAGACAGCAUCAACGGGCCGCUGAAUGGAUGCCAAGAAGGGAAGAUCUCAAGCUAGAAUACGGAGGGGAAUCAGCCGAACUGAACUUUUUUCUAAUUAGCAUCAGGGGAUACAUGGAAGACAAUGCACACACAUUCCCCUCCGAAGCAAGCAGGGUUCGGGCCAUCGGCAACACACUAAAGAGAGGAGCGGCCAGCUGGUAUGUGCAACUACAUGCCAGACAGGACCCAUGCCUGAGGUCAGUGCCCCGCUUCCUCGCCGCACUGGAAAACCGGUUCAGAGACCGGCUAGAGCAAUUGAGAGCUCGAGACCAGCUUAGAGGAAUAAAGCAGAGGGACAAAACGGUGCCCGAGUACGCAGAGGAAUUCCUCCACCUCGCGGAAAGGGUACCAGAGUGGUCUGAAGUGACCAAAGUGGAAUUAUUUAAAGAGGGACUACGCCCCGAGAUUUUCAGCUGGGCAGCGCACAGAGAUGACCCCGAAACGCUCCAGGGAUGGAUUCAACUAGCGGGGCGCGUUGAAUCCACCCUGGCCCAAGUAAAGCGCUUCAGGAGCAGCGGCGGCCAGCAAAGACCGGUGGUGAGAGGUCGAGGAGAAACGAGGAAGCAGGAAAGACCCGGAGGGAGGCCGGGGAUUCCCUCCAGAGGAGACGACAACAAACCUAAACCGGGAUGCUUUGUAUGUGGGAAGACGGGCCAUCGAGCAGCAGAAUGCUGGGCACGGAAGGGGGAGCCGCCAAAACCCUCAAAGCCCAAGCCAGCAACCGGGAGGCGUGCGGAGGAGGAGGUGCGAGCCCCAGAAUCUUCAGAAAAAUUGGCUUGUGAUGAAAGAAGAACCGAAGAGGAGGACGAAGAAAAGGAGGGCACCAUGUCAUGGAACCCAGUUACAGGGCUUUGGUAAUUCAGCCCUGUAACUGGGAGUCAUAACAUAAACAAUCCCAGGAGCACCUGGCAGAAGAAGAUAGAAUAUGCCUGGGAACUUGGGGCCGAAAGUAUAAACAAUUAUAAUUGGUUUAGUGUGUGAAAAUGGUAGUAAUGUGAUAUUGGGGGUGGGACUUGAUGAUGAUAUUUACGUGUGGUGUUACGUAGCAUCAAAAGUUAUAAAAAUAGUUGUAUGUAAACAUUGGGUCAUUCCUGACUUUUCCAAAGUCAUGUGUUCUUCAAUAAAGAUUGGAUUUGAGAGCAGCCAUC